UGUUUACAUAAACAUUUACUUUAUUCAUUAGGAGAAGUAAUAUUUUGAAAUAUUUUCUUGAACUUUUUUUGCUGCUGUUGCAGUAUAUCAGUUGUGGGCAGCAUUAUUUGAUAAGUUCACAAUAUCAUAAGGUCUUUUCAUAUCUGUUGACAAUUAAAUUGUAUUAAAUUAGUUGAACAUAUCAUAAGUUCAAGUAGUUUGGGCUGUUAUAUUUGAUAAUUUUUCAGAUUUUUUAAAAUUACACUUUAGGGGGAAAAUUGUUUAAGAAAAAAAAGAGAAUUUUUUUUUUUUUUUUCUAAAUUUUUCAAAUUGUUUUUUCACUGAACUAGGUUAUUAUUGUUCAGUCUCUGUUUUAAAACAAAUUUUUGAGUUAGAGAUAUUUCAUUUAUUUGUCAAAAUUAGUUCAGGCUUUGAAAAUACUAAAGUUAGAACUGAUUACUUAAUGUGAUCACCAGCAUGCAGUCAACCAUGCAGUCAAUAAUGGACAAAUCAUUGACUUACCAUCAAUAUGAUCAACAAGAUGUAUUCUAAUCCAAUCAACGUUGAAUAUAUUAGUGAGGGGGUGAGUGCACAGAGUGCAUUUCAGCAACCAUUAGUAGGUCCAGUGUCUACAGGCCAACUUUCCCUGCAGACAGGUACAGUGCUACAUGGUCAUAAUGCCCCUCCAGGAUUCAACCAACAUUACAGUGGAAUCCCUGCACCAUAUGGAACACCAUAUUCAGCUCAAUACCCUCCACAAAGUGCUAUUCUAAAUCCAUGGGGGGUAAUGUCAGGUGUUUCAAUGGGACCAGAAAAUAAUACAAAUAUGUUAGUUGGAAGUUCUUCCAUGACACAGGGAGGUUAUUUACCGUCAAAUGUCAAUGGAAUGAUGCCAACUGGAUAUACCGUUUCAAGGGCCACUGGAACAAGUUACACUGGUACAUUUUCCCAGGCACAGGGUGGUUCGACUGGUUCCAUACCGUCAAGUGUUCAGGGGUUAAUGAUGCCAUACCAAACAACAUCAAGUCUAAGUGGAUUUCCUUCCCAUGCAGCAAGCAGUUUCCAGUCAUCGGUUUCUCAGGCAUCAGUACUACCGACCACCAGUGUACCCAUACCACAAAGCGGCAAUAUACCAUUCAAUGGUCAGGGUACUAUUGUCAACAUAGUACCAUCUACCACCAAUAUACCUAUACAACAGGGUAGUUAUGUACCAUUUAAUGGUCUGGAAACCAAUGUCAAUAUAGUACCAUCUACUACCAAUGUACGCAUACAACAGGGUAGUUAUGUACCAUUUAAUGGUCUUGAAACCAAUGUCAAUAAUGUACCACCUAUAAACAAUGCAUCCAUACCACAGGAUGGUUACGUACCAAUAAGUGGUCAAGAUACAAGUGUCAAUAAUGUACCAUUUACCAACGGCGUACCAAUAACACAGGGCAUCUAUAUACCGAUGAGUAGUCAUAGUACAAAUCUCAACAUGGUUCCAACUGCAUAUACCAACAGUACUCCUAUACCACAGGGCGGUUACUUACCGAUUAGUGGUCAGGGUACAAACAUCAAUAAUGUACCACCUACAAACAAUGCAUCCAUACCACAGGGUGGUUAUGUACCAAUUAGUGAUCAUGGUACAAAUGUCAACAUGGUACCACUUACAAACAUUGCACCUGUGCCACAUGGCGGUUCCGUACCAUUCAGUGGUCAAGGUACAAACUCAAACCUGGUAACAGUCACUACACCACAAGCGGGUUACAUUCCAUGUACUGGUCAAGGUGUUGAUCUCAAGGUUAUGUCACAAACAUUGUACCAACCAGUUCAAUCAACACAGAACUCAAAUACUUCUAACCAGUAUGUGCCAUGUACACCAAAUCAGGCUAUGCUAAACAGCACUAAACAACAGGUACUGACACAAAAUCAUAUUCAACCACCACCAGGAUUCCAACAACUACAGUCUCAACAGGUUUCACAACAGAGAUAUGCUCCGACAUUGACAACACAAAAUCAGCUGACACAACAGGUUUACACUCAAGCAUUACCAACACCAGUCAGCAUUCAGCAGCAACAACAACACAACUUACAGCCACUACUCAAUCAUAAGACCACUCCAACACUGCAGACCCAAAUCAACAUGAAACAGCCACAACAACAUAAUUCUCAGACACAACUUGAUCAGAUUAUCUCUCCACCACAGCAUUACACAAUGCAGCAAAGCAGGCCAAGUGUAUACCAUGUUGGUCAAGUACAUCAACAAACUCAAAUGCAAGAUGUACCAUGCCAAAAUACAGGUGUGGCACCAGCUCUGAUGCAGGAUCUGAUCCCAGGCCUAACAGAUCAAGUCAGUCCGACUCUGUUACAUGGCAGUAACAUGCCUCCCCCUGGAGCAGGUUUGACAGUUACGGGUAGCAUUCAGUACCAAGUCAAUCCGGCAAAGUUGCAAGGUGGUUAUGAACCACUAAUGGCUUCAGCCAGUACUGAAUCUAUUCCUGGAAAUGUGGAGAAGAGUUCCAAGAUGCAGAUGUUUUGCUACAAUUCUGAGUCGGUCCAGACAGUGGGCGCUUUAAAACCGCUAACUGUUGAGGUAUCUGACCAGGGUUCUUCUUCAGUGUCUGGCAAUAUCAUUUUAACAGCUAAAGCAAGUGUUUGUUCUGACCAUGCACGGAACACACAACCCCAUGGAUCUAAGCAAACACUCAUGUUAUUGCAGCAGUGCCAACAACCACAUUUGCAAGGUGUACUUGCGCCACUCCUAGCACUUCAGUUGCCUCCUGAACAAUACAUGGCACAACCUCAACACCAGCCAAUCAUGUCGCGCUCACCACACCAACAGUUUGUAGAAUGUCCACAAGAGCAGCAGAUGACACUGACCACUAUCGAGCAGCAACCUGCAACAAUGCUUCCAAAGCAACACUUGUCAAACCUGCAAUCAUCCCCAGAUCACGCUAAUACAAAAAGUGGUAACAUACACAGUGAUUGUGGUGAAGAUGAUAGGCAAGAUGUUUGCAAUGAACAUGAAAUGUCAGAUCUUGCUGAGGCACUGACUGAUGGAAGAGAGCAGCCAGAGGUGUUUGAUACACCUGAAGAAGACGCUUUGCUGCGGACAGUCAAGAGACACUAUGUUGAGGUCUAUCAACGACUGUCCACCCUGAAGAAUCAUGUCGACUCUUUGGUCAUAGACAUGCAGACCAUCACAAAGGGAAUGGAAGCAAUUGAUCUGGAGCAGAAUCAUCUGAAAUAUGACUGCUAGUGAGAAAUAACUGUAAAUUUGUUAAUAACUUAUCAUGAUUCAUUAAGCAGAAUGUUACAUGUAUCAAGACAUUUGCAGCUGCUGAUAAAUUUAUGUUAUUGACAAACCAGUAUGAACAACAAUUAAAUCCUAUACAGUUGUAAGAGUAACUUAAAUAUGUAGAUCUGACAAUCAUUAUGUUUUAGUAAACAUUGUUUCCAAGCCAAUUUUCCUAUUAGAAACUUGUAAUUACAUGUAUUAGUUAUGUAAUAUUUGCUAGUAGUUUUCAUAGUUUAGUAUAAACAAAUAUCGGUACAAUGUGCAUUUGUUUCAAUAUGUAAGAUAUAUGCAUUAUGUUCUGAACAAGUCAGUAGAAUGUUAUAUGCUUGUCAUUUGCACUACUGAAGUUCAAUAUACUUAGAUUAUCAUAGUACCUGUAUGUUAUUCAUGUACCUUGUAUUUCAGUCGAUGAAGAAGUUGAGUUCCAAAACCAGGGUCACGUCAAAUUUAUAGUUUAUUAUUACCAAUAACAGUAUACUUAGUCAAUAUGUGUCAUGCAGCAUUUUAUAGUUAACAUAUUCCCCGUCCAUGUUUUCAUAUUUUUGGUUGUUCAUAUUUUGAUAUAGUGUGUAGUUGAAAGAAGAAUUCCUUUUCAUGUAAAACUAGUUUGUUUUGUUAUUUAUUAUACAAGAAAUAAUUUGUUAGUCAAGAAAGGGUGAUUGUCAUAAUUAGAUUUAAUCCAUUUUGUGCUUUGAAUAAUUGGUAUUUAUUGAUAGCUCUCUGUUACUUUUAAGUUAGUUAAUCUACCAGUAUAUAUAGGAAACAUCA